CUCAAUUGGAUCCAUGGCAAAAUACCCGAUCUGCCAAUUAAGAACUUCACCAAUGAUUGGACCAGCGGUAAGGCUGUUGGUGCUUUGGUUGAUGCCUGUGCCCCUGGUCUGUGUCCCGAUUGGGAAAUGUGGGAUCCCAAGGAUGCCGUACAAAAUGCCUCCGAAGCUAUGGGUCUGGCUGAUGAUUGGUUGAAUGUCCGCCAACUGAUCAAACCCGAAGAAUUGGUUAAUCCCAAUGUUGAUGAACAAUCGAUGAUGACAUAUUUGUCACAAUAUCCCAAUGCCAAGUUGAAGCAGGGUGCACCAUUGAGACCCAAGACUAAUCCAAAUAGCAUUCCUCCACCGCGAGUACGUGCUUAUGGUCCUGGUAUUGAACCCAUUGGUCCAGUUGUUGGUGCUCCAGCUAAUUUCACUGUGGAAACUUUCUCAGCUGGCAAAGGCCAAGUUGAUGUUGAAAUUAUUUCCCCCGAUGGUUUGGUCGAAAAGGCCGAUGUCCGUUUCAACAAUGACAAGAAUUUGACCUAUUCCAUUUCGUAUAUCCCCAAAAUGGAGGGUGAACACAAGGUCAUUGUGAAAUUCUCCGGCCGUGAUAUUCCCAAGUCUCCCUUCCCCGUUAAGGUUGAGGGUCAUGCCGGCGAUGCUUCCAAGGUAAAGGUUACCGGUCCUGGUAUACAACCCAGUGGUGUGGUGAUUAGCAAACCCACAUUCUUUGACAUCUUGACACACGAUGCUGGUCGUGGUGUACCUGAGGUUAUUAUCAUUGACCCGGCCAAUCAUAAGACCUCGGUGGCUGCCAAGGUUCGACAAUUGGAAAAUGAUGUGUGGCGUUGUGAAUAUGUUUCGGCCCUGCAGGGUUUGCAUUCCGUCAAUGUGUUCUAUGCGGGGACACCCAUACCUAAUAGCCCCUUCCCCGUGAAAAUUGCCCCCUUGUCCGAUGCUAAGAGGGUGAGAGCUUCUGGUAGAGGUCUACAACCCAAUGGUGUGCGCGUUGGCGAUGAUGCUGACUUUAAGAUUUACACUGAGGGUGCUGGCGAAGGUUUGCCUGAGGUGAGAAUUGUUGGCCCCGGCGGCAUGAACGAAAAUGUGGCCAUGACCAAAUUGGAUGCCCACACCUAUGAGUGUCAUUAUUUCCCCAACAAAGAGGGUAGAUAUGUUGCGGUGGUAACAUUUGCCGGCCAGGAGAUUAAUAAGUCCCCAUUCGAGGUUAAGGUCGGCCCCAAGAAGGAUUCCAAUAUUGUAGCCUUUGGCCCUGGUUUGGUCGGCGGUGUUGUCGGCUACCCGGCUGCCUUUGUGGUGGAGACCAAUGGUGAAACUGGUGCUUUAGGAUUUACAGUAGCUGGUCCUUCUCAGGCUGAAAUUGAAUGUCACGAUAAUGGUGAUGGUUCCGCUUUGGUCAAAUAUCAUCCCACAGCUCCGGGUGAAUAUGCUGUGCACAUUCUAUGCGAUAAUGAGGAUAUACCCAAGUCGCCAUUUAUUACACAAAUUCUGCCAAAGACCGAUUACCACCCUGAGAAGGUUAAGGCCUGGGGUCCGGGUUUGGAAAAGAAUGGUGUGUCUAUAAAUGAGCCCACCAGUUUUACUGUGGAUGCCACCCAGGGUGGCCCUGCACCCUUGGAUGUUAUUGUGGAGGAUAUCUAUGGCAAGAGAUUGCCGGUGGAUGUCAAGAACCAGCCAGAUGGUACGAAAUUGUGUACAUACACCCCCGUGUCUGGUACACCACAUACUGUGGAGGUUAACUUUGGUGGUGUGGCCUCUGCCAAUUCGCCACACCGUGUCUAUGUGGGCCUACCCGUUGAUGCCAAUAAGGUGCAGGCCUUCGGCCCUUGGUUCCAACCAGGUGUCCAUCCCAAUGCUCCCACACAUUUCAAUGUCGAUUGCCGUGAUGCUGGCGAAGCGGAGUUGAAGGUGAAAAUUGUCCAUGAAGAGACGAAGGUGGAAAUACCCUGCCGCAUAAUCGAUAAUGAAGAUCAAACAUAUUCCGUUGAGGUUAUACCACCCACUAAGGGGGCCUAUACCACUACCAUGACAUAUGGUGGCCAACCCGUGCCUUUGGGACAAAAAGUAAUGGUUGAACAACAAAUCGAUGUAUCGAAAAUUAAGGUUGAUGGCUUAGAACCAAGUGUCAUCAUGAACGAGAAAACCGAUUUUAUGGUCGAUAUGAGUAAAGUUGGUGCCAACAUCGAAUCAAAGAAAUUGUCCUGCUCCGUUUUCGAUCCCAAGGGUCAGAUGUUGCCAAGUGAAAUUUUGCCCGGACCCACCAAUGAUGUCUUCCGUAUAAUGUACACCCCAUUCGAAGCGGGUCGCCAUACCAUUGAAUUACUGUACGAUAACAUUCCUGUACCCGGUUCACCAUUUGUGGUCAAUGUUAAGAGCGGUUGUGACCCUAGUCGCUGCAAGGCCUAUGGCCCUGGUCUCAAGAGAGGUUUUGUCAAUGAGAAAAAUAAAUUUGUCAUAGAAACCAAGGGUGCCGGCAAAGGAGGUCUCUCACUGGCCAUUGAAGGUCCCUCUGAGGCUAAGCUAACCUGCAUCGAUAAUCGUGAUGGUAGCUGUGAUGUCGAUUAUUUGGCAACCGAAGUGGGUGAAUAUGAUAUUUCAAUCCGUUUCGCUGAUAAGCACAUACCCGGCUCACCCUUCACUGUAUAUGUGGAGGAAAGAUCCGAUCCCUCGAAAGUUAAGGUAUAUGGUCCUGGCAUUGAACAUGGUGAGGUACGUGAGGGUGUGCCCACACACUUCUUUAUUGAUGUACAAGAUGCCGGCCCCGGACGUAUUGCUGUGAAGAUACAAAAUUCCGAAGGUAAACCCAUUGAAGAUUUGAGAGUCGAGGAAAAGGGUGAUGGUAUCUAUUGUGUCCAUUACUCACCACCUAAGGAGGGUUCGGUGUUGACCUGUACCAUUACCUUUGCCGAUACUGAAGUGCCAUGCAGCCCCUUCGUUAUGACCGUCUUCCCCAAGUCCGAACCCCACAAGGUCAAAAUCAAGGGCGUUAAUGAUAAGCGUAAGACACCUGCUUCCCGUCCUGCUGAAUUUGAAGUUGACACCAAGAAAGCCGGCCAAGCUGACAUUGAUGUUGAUAUUAAAAAUCCCAAGGGUAAAGCGGUUAAGCCCCGCCUCCAAGAAAUCAAUGAAGGUACCUAUGUGGUGUCGUUUGUCCCAGAUGAAUGUGGCACCUAUAUGGUUAGCAUUAAAUAUGGUGGCCAAGAAAUCGAAGGAUCACCCUUCAAAUUGGAAGCCUUCCAAACUGGUGAAGCUAAAAAAUGUAAAUUGGUCGAAGAGGCCCCCAAGAUUCAACCUUCCGGCAGUAAGAGUCAUUUGACGGUGGAUGCUCGUGAAGCGGGAGAUGGUGCUGUUACAUGUAAAAUUGCCUCCAAGACAGGAAAGGAAAUCGUGGACAUUGAUGUCAUUGAAAAGGAUGGCUUCUUUGAUAUCUUCUAUGCCUUGAAUGAUCCUGGAGAUUAUGAUAUCAAUGUGAAAUUUGGUGGUAAAGAUAUACCAAAUGGUAGCUUCUCCAUUAAGGCUGUCGAACAAUACAGUGAAUAUAUCGAAGAACAUACACAGGUUAUUAAGACCACUACGCAGGUAAGGCGACAGAAUAAAUUUCAGUUUCAAGGGUUUAUUAAGACUACCCAACAACAACAACAAUUGCUGAACGGUAAAAGCGAAAGUAACUUCCGACCCGUUGCGUUUGAGAAAUUCCCUGUGCCGACUACCGGUGGUAUCGUUGUUGCUGAAGUCAAAAUGCCCAGCGGAAAAAUUGACAAGCCCAUUAUCCAAGACAAUCGUGAUGGUACCGUUUCGGUUAAAUACGAUCCCAAAGAAGAGGGCUCCCACGAAUUGAUUGUCAAAUACAAUGGUGAACCUGUUCAAGGAUCUCCCUUCAAAUUCCAUGUGGAUUCCAUCACCUCUGGCUAUGUUACAGCUUAUGGCCCCGGCUUGACUCAUGGUGUUACUGGCGAACCAUGCAACUUCACCAUCUCCACCAAGGGUGCCAGUGCUGCUGGUUUGACCAUGGCCGUUGAGGGACCCAGCAAAGUUGAUAUUAACUAUCACGACAACAAAGAUGGUACCGUUUCUGUUCAAUAUCUACCCACUGCCCCCGGUGAAUAUCAUGUUUCGGUACGCUUUGGCGAUAAACACAUUAAUGGUUCACCCUAUGUGGCCAAGGUCACCGGUGAAGGUCGCAAACGUAAUCAAAUCUCUGUUGGUUCCUGUUCAGAAGUCACCAUGCCUGGUGAAAUUACCGAUGAUGAUUUGCGUGCCUUGAAUGCCUCCAUUCAGGCACCCAGUGGCUUGGAAGAGCCAUGCUUCUUGAAACGUAUGCCAACCGGCAAUAUUGGCAUUUCCUUUACACCCCGUGAAACUGGUGAACAUAUGGUUUCUGUGAAACGUAUGGGUAAACACAUCCCCAAUUCACCAUUCAAGGUGACCGUUAUGGAACGUGAGGUUGGUGAUGCCAAGAAGGUUAAGGUUUCUGGUUCCGGUUUGAAGGAAGGCAAAACUCACACUGAGAAUGUCUUCUCCGUGGAUACCCGCAAUGCUGGUUAUGGUGGUCUCUCCGUAUCCAUUGAAGGUCCCAGCAAGGCUGAAAUCCAAUGUACCGAUAAGGAUGAUGGUACCUUGAACAUUUCGUAUAAACCCACUGAACCCGGUUAUUAUAUUGUCAAUUUGAAAUUCGCCGAUCAUCACGUGGAGGGCUCGCCAUUCACUGUUAAGGUCACUGGUGAGGGUAGCAACCGUAAACGUGAAAAGAUCCAACGUGAACGUGAUGCCGUUCCCGUCACUGAAAUUGGCAGCAAAUGUAAGCUGACCUUUAAGAUGCCCGGCAUUACCUCCUUCGAUUUGGCAGCCCGUGUAACAUCACCCAGCAAUGUGACUGAAGAUGCUGAAAUCCAGGAGGUGGAGGAUGGACUCUACUCUGUGCACUUUAUUCCCAAGGAAUUGGGUGUCCACACUGUGUCGGUACGCUACAAGGAUAUGCACAUCCCCGGCUCUCCCUUCCAAUUUACCGUUGGUCCAUUGCAUGACUUUGGUAGCCAUUUGGUUAAGGCUGGCGGUUCUGGUUUGGAACGUGGCUUGGUUGGAGUACCAAAUGAAUUUAAUGUGUGGACCCGUGAGGCCGGUGGCGGCUCUUUGGCCAUUUCCGUUGAAGGUCCCAGCAAGGCUGAAAUUGAAUUCAAGGAUCGCAAGGAUGGUUCCUGUGAUGUGGCCUACAAAGUAACCGAGCCCGGUGAAUAUCGUGUGGGUUUGAAAUUCAAUGAUCGCCAUAUUCCUGAUUCGCCAUUCAAGGUGUACAUUUCUCCCGAUGCUGGUGAUGCCCACAAAUUGGAGGUACAACAAUUCCCUGAGGGUAGCAUCCAGGCUGAUGCUCCUUAUCAAUUUAUGGUACGCAAGAAUGGAGCCAAGGGUGAAUUGGAUGCCAAGAUUGUUGCCCCCUCCGGUACCGAUGAUGAUUGUUUCAUUCAGACCAUCGACAGUGAUAUGACAUCGGUGCGUUUCUAUCCUCGGGAGAAUGGUAUCCAUGCCAUUCAUGUCAAAUUCAAUGGUGUUCAUAUUCCUGGAUCACCAUUCCGUAUUAAGGUUGGUAAGGAUGUAGCCGAUCCCGCCGCUGUUCAUGCCAGUGGUUCCGGUUUGGAAUGUGUAAAGACAGGUCACAAGGCUGAUUUCAUUAUUAAUACCUGCAAUGCUGGUGUGGGUACAUUGUCCGUGGCCAUUGAUGGUCCAUCUAAGGUUGCCAUGGAUUGUACUGAGGUGGAGGAGGGCUACAAGGUGCGUUAUACUCCAUUGUUGCCUGGUGAUCAUUUCAUUUCGGUUAAAUACAAUAAUAUUCAUAUUAUUGGUUCGCCGUUCAGAGUCAGUUGCGAGGGUGACAAAAUGGUCGAUGAAGGUGCCCAAGAAACCUCUACCGUUGUGGUAGAAACCGUGCAAAAGGUUGCCAAGGGUGGCAAGAAUACCGGUGUUGUUAUGCCUGCCUUUAAAUCCGAUGCCUCCCUGGUCACAUCGAAGGGUAUGGGUCUGAAGAAGGCCUUUAUGGGUAAAACCAAUACUUUCACCAUUAGUGCCACUGAAGCUGGCAACAAUAUCCUCUAUGUUGGCAUGUACGGACCCAAGGGACCCUGCGAAGAGUUCAGCAUUAAACAUACCGGACGCAACAACUACAAUGUCAGCUAUAUGGUACGCGAUCGCGGCCAAUAUAUUUUAAUAGUCAAAUGGGGUGAUGAACAUAUUCCCGGCUCACCUUUCCAAAUUGAUGUCUAAGUCGUGUUAUUCAAAAAUUAA